AAAUGCUAUGUGUAGUCUGAUGUAUCAGUGAAUGCAAUAGAGCCAAUGCAUUUGACAGACAGAUCUAUGAAAAAUACGCAAAUAGCCAAAUGUACUUGACAUUUUGAUCAUACCCAACGGAAUCAAUGGUUUAUGUACGUACACACUCGAUGCGGGGAGAAAGUUGCUGGACAUGUUUUCCUGAAAGUGUGUUAUUAUUUCACCGUGUGCAACAUUGUAGCCACUGUACUUACAUGGAUUUGUGGUUGAACAACAGAUAUCCCAAAUCCCGUGUUUGAAUGGUUUCGAUGCAAGUUGUUUACUCUAUUGGCCUGAAGAAAAGUUGUCGAACUCGAAGUAUAUGUUAUCUGUUGCGCACGAUCCCGUAGUGGAGCUGCAUGCAUUCGACUUUGGCCCAAAGGAAAUUGGCUCCGUAUAACUCGCUGUCAUAUACAUAAAAUGAUAUUGAAACAGGCCCCACACAUGAAUGAGGGACAUCUGGGGAUCCAGGGCCGCCGUGACCCUUAACAGCAGCAAACUUCUUCAGAUCUGACUUGAGGGAGGAGGUGUGUGUUCUCCGCCCUCUACUCUUUCCUGUAGGACUUAUGUUUCCUCCCGAGUCCCUCUGUUCUCACCGUUAAACAAAGCAGGACACAACGGUCCCAGACCGAGGCAGUGUAGGCAGAAACACUUGGCCUCGUCCUUGUUUUUUACUCAAGUGACUGGGGAUAUAUAUAAAGGAUAUAUAUAUAUAAAGGACCUCAACUUUUUUACCCGCUGUUUUUUCUAUAUUUUUUUAGCUUGAUGAUUAUAGUAUGAGUCAUCCUCCCCAGCAGAAAGUGAUCCCUGAUAAGAGUGGGGGCAAACAUCGGGCUGCAGCUGCCAUGAAGGAGCCCACAGUGCAGCACGCGGGGGAUGUCUUCUAUGGCGGUAUGGGCCCCCCGGCUCUGGAGUCUGCUCACAGGGUAGGGGAGCCUGGAGGCCACGGCUCUGGGGUCUUCAACCCAGAGAAGGGGCCCCAAAGUCGUGCACACUAUCAGCAGACUGCCUCUGUCAAAUGGAUGCACCAGGACCACAUCCAAGCUGCUGGCUGGUCUCAGGAUGCUUCCGGGCCCCUGCCAACCAAUUCAUGGGGGCAGAACUUUAGCCCGUAUAUGGACGGCUUGAACAACGUUAGGGUCCAGAUGGCCUUCCCCAAAGGGAGCCACGAUGAAGGAUCUGCUCUGCAGAUGGGGCCAGCAGAGAAACAGGCUCCAGGUUCCAUGGAGGUUUACAGGGAGGCAACCCAAGCUCAAGUCCAGGCUAGGGGCUUAGAGUGGGGGCAGCAAGCUGCGGCAGCCGCCAUGCGUCAAGCCCAGCUCCAGGCCUUCCAGCAGGGCCAUAAAGGUGUAGAUCUCCAGGCUCAGCCCCCCCAUGCCCCCUCCUCUCACCCCACCAUGCAACCAGGGUCCUUGAUGCAGCCCAUCCAGCUGGCGUUUGGACCCACCAAACAGCACCUUUCAUCUGGGUACUACCCAGUGUUCCAGGGGGGCACCAAGGCCAUGUCCAACCUGAGCUACAACGAGCAGCCAAAAACCCAACAACAACACCAACUGAUGCAGCUUCAGAUGCAACAGCAGCAACAACAACAGCAGAAGCAGCAACAACAGUUACAUCAGCAGCAUCAUCAACAACAACAACAGCACCAGUUGCAGCAACAGCUCCAGCACCAAAUACAACAGCAUCAGAUCCAACUGCAGCUGAAUCAGCAGUAUCACAAGCAGCAAAUACAACAGGAGCAACGGCAACAAAUGCACCAGCAGCAGCUUCAACCGCCACACAGUUUACCACCGCAGGAAAUACUGCAGCCGCAGUCUCAGCAAAAGCAGCAGCCAAACCAACACUUCCUGAGUUAUAACCAGCCCCCUGACAACUGUCCGUCUAGAGCUAGCCCCUCAACCCCUCAGAAGGACAUGCCUCUGUCUGUGGAGACUCAGGGACAGGGACAUACACCGGAUGUAGAGACCCCGUCCGCUGACCCAUCAAGCACAUCCUCCGACCCCUGCCCCCCAAAACUCACAUCAGACCCCAUGUCACCCUCAGACGCAUCUCCGGCUGCCCCCCGUCGCUCCCGCCGUCUCUCCAGAGAUGGGCUAUCACCACUCGUGGACCCUCCCUCACUAUCCCCCUGGAACCAGACCUUCAGAGAGGUACCCCAGAACGGUGUGGUAGCCAGACGAGAAGGGGGGGGGACACAGGGGCCGACUGGGGGGGUUAUCCAGAGUACGCGCCGGAGGAGGAGGGCGUCGAAAGAGAUCAACUUGGAGACUCUGGCCCAGAAGGCUUCCGAGAGGGAAUCACUGCCCUCCUCCAAGAUGGCCAAGCAGGGGGAGGGUCUUAUGGGCAGACAAGCUGGUAUGGUGCCCCUGGUUAUCCCCGUGUCUGUGCCAGUGCGCCAGGGUCAGACAGGCCCUCCGGGCCAUCACGCCCUGCUCCCACCCCAGCCCCAACACAAGCCCUCGGUCAUUGUAGCGAGCCGCCGCUCACUGAGGAAGUCCCUCUCGGAGAUCUUCAGCCAGGACGGGGAGGGCGAUGCUGGUCAGGACGACGAUGGGAAAUUGGCCAAGCACAAAUGGCGGCCUCGUCCCGAGCCCCUCUUCAUCCCGCCACCCAAACUGGCUACGUUCAUCGCCCCCUCAGUCUACUCCGCCAUCACUCCCUACCAGAGCCACCUGCGGUCGCCCAUCCGCCUGCCCGACCACCACUUCACCCUGCCGCCCUACACCCCGCCGCCCAUCCUGUCGCCGGUGCGCGAAGGCUCUGGUCUCUACUUCUCCACCUUCCUGUCUUCCAUCGCCGCCAGCAACCAGACCCUACAGCCGCCACCCAACACGCCCAAGUCGGCCUCGCGCAGCCUUCUGCGAUCCACCAGCUCUACAGACAUCACGCCCCCAGUCCUCCCUUUGAUCACCGACGCCACACCUGUCAGCUUUGAACCGCGUAUUAACAUUGGCCUGCAGUACCAGGCGGAGGUACCAGAGCUGCAGUGUGACCGCUCGCUGACCCAGUGGGACCAGCACAAGGCUGACCUGGUCUGGCUCCCCAUGAAGGGGUCCCUGCUACGCCACACAGAGCAGGAGACCGUGGACGACCUGAUGAGCUUGGCCUGCUCCAGUGCUCUGUAUGGCGGUGGCACCAAUCAGGAGCUGGCCCUCCACUGUCUGCAUGAGUGCGGGGGAAAUGUCCUUGAGACCCUGGCGUUCCUGCUGCUCAAGGAGCCCGUUUUCUCUGAUGGCCACCACCUGGCAGACUAUCACUACUCAGGAUCAGACAGUUGGACUCCCUCAGAGAAGCGCUUCUUCAAUAAAGGCAUCUCUACCUACAGGAAGGACUUCUUCAUGGUGCAGAAACUGGUGCAAACAAAGACAGUGGCCCAAUGUGUGGAGUUCUACUACAUGCAUAAGAAACAGGUGAAGAUCAGUCACAGUGGAAGCGUUACCUACGGACCUGCAGAGUCCCCAGCAGAUAGACACACAGAGGCAGUAGUGGAUGUUAAGAGCUCUCAGGGAUCAAAACCAAGUCAGGAAGAAGUUGACAGGAAGUGGGAAGGGUCAUGUGACAGGGGUCAAGAUUGCAACCAGUCCAGGGUUACUCAGACACUACAGGUUCACGACAAUACAGGAGCAGUGCUCGGGCGCAGGGACCAGGAUGCUGUACACAAGGUUGGUCCUCCCCAUCCAACCCUUCCCUCUGCAGCCAGAAAACCUCGUCCCGAGGCGGGGAAGAAGAGCCGAGCGCCCCCAAAGCCCCCCGGCGACCCAGAGGGCGUGUUCCCCUGCAAGAAGUGUAGCAGGGUGUUCUACAAGGUGAAAAGCCGCAGCGCCCACAUGAAGAGCCACGCUGAGCGGGAGAAGAAGGAAGCUGCACUCAAACUCAAAGAGGAGGAGGAGCAGCGAGCGGUUGAGGCGGAGGCACGGGCCAGGGAGGCAGCAGAGGUUAUGCAGAAUGGGAACGGGGGUGGGAAUGGAGCAGGAGAACAGGAUGAGGUCAGUGAUGAGGAUGUGCCUUCAGAGACAGAAGAUGAAAAGGACGAGGACUGGCAGUGAGAGAGGGGAGGAGGGAGGGGGGGCUUGAGAGGGAAUGAAAGACAUAUCCCACUCCCAGAAAAACAAACGAGUACAAAUAAUCUUUGUACCUGAAUCAAUGAGAUUGAGGAUGGAGGUGUUCCAGGUCAUCAUUACACAUGUGCUGCACAGACGAUCAGAUCUUACAACACCCAGGGAGGUGUUGCGUCUAAGGGAACCACAUUUACAGUGCCUUCAGAAAGUAUUCAUCCCCCUUGACUUAUUCCACAUUUUGUUGUGUUACAACCUGAAUUCAAAAUGGAUUACAUUUAUUUUUCUCACCCGUCUACACACAAUACCC